AUGAGGACGUCGCUCGUCUCUACGCUGUUCACGCUCGCCUGUGCCGGCCUCGCAGCUGCACACGGCCCUGAUCUGCACGGCGCCGGAUGCCGUCCGCUGCAGAAGCGCCAGCUCCUGCAGUCUGGCGGCGAGGGGCAGACCGUGACGGGCAGCGGAGGUGCCUCGGCGGCGCGUUACAGCUGCAACCCCGCCACCUGCCAGCUGCCCAAGUGCCACUGCGCCGACACCAACCCGCCCGGCGGCCUCGACCCCAAGGACGUGCCUCAGUUCAUCGUCUUCACCGCCGACGACGCCGUGCAGGACUACACGAUCAACUCGGUCAACCAGUUCCUCGCGCAGCGCAAGAACCCCAACGGAUGCAAGCCCCUCAUGUCGUACUACGUCUCGCUCAACUACACCAACUACGCCCAGGUCACCGAGCUCUACGUCAACGGCAACGACAUUGGCGACCACACCAUGACCCACCAGGAGCAGCCCGCCACCAACGCAGAGAUCGACGGCAACCUCAUCACGCUCAACGCCCUCGCAGGCAUCCCCUACAAGUCGAUCAUCGGCUACCGUGCCCCCUUCCUCCUCUACGACCGCGCCAACCUCGAGCAUCUCGCCAAGACCGGCUUCACCUACGACUCGAGCUCCACCGCAUCCGUGCCCGUCACCGACCCCAACACCGACGCCUUUUGGCCCUACACGCUCGACAACGGCAUGGCCAACGACUGCCAGUCGGUCGCCAACAUCUGCGGCGGCCAGCCUCAGCUGCCCGGUUUCUGGGAGAUCCCCAUGUACGCCAUCUUUGACGAGCGCGGAGCCGCGGGCGCCCAUCUCAUGGACCCCUACCUCGACUCGGCCAACGCCUCGGACGUGCUCGCAUGGAUGAAGAGCACCUUUACCGACCACUACAACGGCAAGCGCCAGCCGUUUGGCGUCUACACCCAUCCCAUCCACCUCGCCAAGGGCUACCCGGGCCUCAAGGACCCCGUCGACCAGAUCAACAUGCUCAACGAGUUUCUCGACUGGGCCACCACCUCGGCCGACAUGCAGAACGUGUGGAUCAUCAGCAACAAGCAGCUCAUCGCCUGGAUGCAGAAUCCCGUGCCGGCGAGCCAGCUCAACACGCUCGACGCGUUCAAGUGCCAGACGGCCAACGUCGACCAGCACAUUUGCAACGGCUUUGCCAAGAACAACGAUCUGCUCGAGCACUGCAUCUCCAACACGGCCGGCGACGCGCUCAACAACUCGCCCUUUUACACGUGCUACGGCUGCCCGCAGACCACGCCCUCGCCGCAGCAGCCCAACCCGCCGCAGAAGAACAACGACCGCUCGCUGCGCACGCGCAUCCCCAACAACUGCGACACGCCCUUUUGGGAUCCCGUCGCCGCCAAGUGUCUCUGCUCCGGCUCGCAGUGCGGCUUUACCGACUCGACGCGUCCCAUCGGCCCCAACGGCGACAAUCUCACCUCGACCGGCAGCCAGAACACCGGCUCGUCGUCGGCGAGCGCCAGCGCGAGCGUCGACCCGUACCGCAACUUUGGCGGCGCCGCGCGCAGCACGCCCACCUCGACGCUGCUCAUGUGGGGCGUGUCGGCGGCGGUGGCGCUGGCGGGCGGCGCUGUCGCCGUCCUCGUCUAG